GACCCGGAUGUUAUUCCGCCGAGCAAUGGCGGCUGAGCUGUUCUGGGGUCUGUGUGUCAUGUAAACAACCAGAUAAGUGCACUCCUUUGUUUGAGACAAGCAAAACCAGCGGCGAUUAGGAGAAUGAGAUUAUUUUACAAGGGUCGACUCAUCUGAGCAAUAAAAAUGUCGAUGGAAGAUCCGUUUUUUGUGGUGAAAGGAGAGGUGCAGAAGGCUGUGAACAGCGCUCAAGCGCUGCAUCAAAGAUGGAUAGAACUGCUACAAGAACCAGGUGGUGCCAGUAAGGAGGAGGUGGACUGGACCACCAAUGAACUGCGGAACAGCUUGAGGUCCAUUGAAUGGGACUUGGAGGACUUGGAUGAGACCAUCAGUAUUGUGGAGGCCAAUCCAAAGAAGUUCAAUCUUGUUGCGAUGGAGCUGGCCAAGAGAAAAGCUUUCAUCACUAGCACAAGACAAACGGUCAAGGAUAUGAAAGAACUCAUGGCUAGUCCAAUGUCAAUUUCAGUGUCAGAGAGGAAAAAUCGACAGACUUUGAUUGGUGAUGGUGGGUCUCGUGGACCAAUCUGGCAACCCAGCGGUGAUAAGUACACUAGACUUGACAAGGAGCUGCAUUCUGCAAACUCCCAGUUCAUUGAGGACCAACAGACCCAACAGCAGGUCAUAGCAGAACAGCAAGAUGAGCAGUUGGAGUUGGUGUCGGGAACCAUCGGCGUCUUGAAGAAUAUGUCGCAAAGGAUCGGCCAAGAGCUGGAUGAGCAAGCUGUAAUGCUGGAUGACUUUUCACAUGAGAUGGACAGCACUCAGUCCAGACUUGAUAAUGUCAUGAAGAAACUGGCUAAAGUUUCUCACAUGACCAGUGAUCGACGACAAUGGUGUGCUAUCGGCAUUCUGCUGGCCAUCCUGUUCGUUGUGAUCUUACUCUUCAUUGUUCUGUGAACAAAACUCCGUCCUUUGCCACUACAGCUCAUCUCUUACCUGCAAAUAUCCAUUAAAACGAAGGUGCUGAAAAGGAAGAGAACAAACAACAAAAACACUUUCCACUCCAUCUCUAUUCCAUUAUACUGUAGAAUGCUGCUGCUUUGUUUUUUAUUCUUUCUUUGCUUCCUUAUAAACUGAGCCUAUACUCAUGACACCGUCACGAACGGGGUAAAAAUACCCUCUGGGUUUGACGAUAAUGCGGUCUGCAUAAUUUCGUAUGAAUGAAUGAAUGGAAAAAGAUAUGAGAGUUUUGUAGAAAUGUGACUGUUUUGUUUUGUACUUUUAGUGUUUUAUUGCAAAUGGACCACAGCUUUUAGAACAUCAAAGAUAAGAAAAGAGCUAAUACCAGUAUACUAUUUUGUAAAGCAAUCUAGGGCUACUAAACCAGAUCUUUAUUUAGCUUAUUAUCUUUGCUUAUGCACUGCUGUAACAGUAGGUUUAGUACACUGUAAAUAUUCAACACUAACUGUGAAGUUCUAACAACUAAUCACUAGAGUUUAACGAGCCUGAUACAGUUUAAGCGGGUAUGUUACUAAUGUUACUAAGUAUUUUUAUUUCUGUGUGCUCUGUUUACUUUUUUUUAACAAGUUAUCAAUAAUCAGUUAUUAGUGAGAUUUAUUCACACCCGUACAAAAAUCUAGAGUUCUAGCGAGCUAGCAGCAAAUUUGCUACUCAUUAUUUUCACAAGCAAAUGAGCUCUCUUACGAAAAUCGAGAGUUCGUGGCAAAUUUGCCGCAAACUUGCAAAUUGUCCAUUGUUGCCAUAGGUUUGCCGGAGGUUCACCACUACCGGAGAAGAGCUGCAAACUUUUUGCAAGUGCAAAACAUUUGCAGCGAAUCAAAAGCUAAUUUUCAUGUGAAAGUAACGAGCGGCAAAUUUGCAGCUAGUUCAAAUUUUUGUUCAAACCUUUGGCAACAAUGGACAAUUUGCAAGUUUGCUGCAAAGCAUAUUUUCAUGUGAAAAUAAUCAGUGGCCAUUUUUGUAAGAGCAGGCACUACAAUUUGCGAAUCUGGAGGGACUCAUAUUUAAUGGAAUUUUUGAAGAUGUUAAAUGUUCUAAGAUGCUUUAAGUCUAGGUUAUACUUUGAUUUUUGGCACGCUGGUAAGUCUUGCAUUUAGACCGCAAGCCCAUAUGGAAAACUGGGCUGCAUGUGGACCAUCCGCACGUACUGUACUGAUGACAAAAUUUGCGUCACGCGUACUGCGCAAGACGUAGCGGCACGCGGAAAACCGAAGUAUACUUGCCUUAAAGAAUUGUCCAAUUUUGGGCCAAAAUGUUUUCUUGUAUAAAAGUAAAAUUUAGCAGUGGUUAGGUCCUGUGACAAUGGAAGGUCACUAUCUAGUCAGUGCCUAAGCACAGAAGAGGGGAAAGUCGCAUUUCAUUUUUGGACGUCGACCACUCAGUAUUAAGCUUUGAUCAUUCAUGUUUUGCAAACUGUGGAUUUGCAUUAUAUUUACACUAACUCAAAUCGAAGCAGCAGCCACUAAUAUGAAAAACCAUUGUAUUAUGUUUUCUUUUGACAGUAUGACACUACACAAAUUCUGUGUGUAAAACAUGGAGUACAUUUAUCUUAUAGGAUAUUUGGAUUGUUUUUGCUGGCUGUAUUUUAUGUUUAAAUGAUCUCUUGUGAAUCUCACGAAGAAAUUUUCUAUUUCAUGAAAUAGCCAUAUUUCAUGCGAAAAUCAAAAGAAUAUUAAGCCUGUCGCAAAAAAUGUCACAAUGCAAAAAAAAACGUGAUGAAAAUAGGCUGUAUGUUCUGUCUCCCAAAUAUAAUUUCUUUUGUUUUGAUUUUGGGCGAAAUAUGACCCUGACAUGUUUUUGACGAGCUUCGUGAGAUGCACUCUUGUACAUUUCUUCAACUGUCUGUUGUCAAGCAAUCAUACAACUUUACAAUGUAUUUAAAAAAUACAGAAGGAAAAUACAGUGAAUUUACAGUAUUUUCUUUUAAACUCUCAAGUUAUAUUGGCCUAUAAACUAGUGUUAUAGCUCAUACUGACUGCCCUUGGUCACAUGAUGCAGUAGUAAGUCAGUCCUGAUUGGUUUGAAGUGUGAAUUGAUUGCUCAGAGAAUUAUGCAAAUUUACGAUACAAAUAAUACAAAAUAAUUGCACAAUUAUGUCACUGUUCUUGAGCAGUGAUGGUGUGGAGAGAUCAAGGUGGUGAACGGGAUCAAAUUCUGUUCUUCCUGAUCGUGUGAAUUUUAAUUGUACGUGUUUGUUUUUGCGGUGUUUGUUUGAUCUAUGCUCCUGAAGAGAAUGCAAGUAUUUUUACCCCACAUUAGUUUCUCCUUGUCUCUCAGAAAAUUCUGUUUGUAAAAACCACCCCAUGUGUCCCACACCCCUCAUUUGUUUGUCACUGUGUGUAAUUCUGAGCCCUAUUAAAAAAAAUUCAUUGCUAAUUAUAUUUUUCAUAGAUAUGAGUUCCUAUAGAUGUGUGUGAAUGACAACCUAAAUGGAUAGUAAAGGAAUAUUCCAGGUCCAAAACAAGUAAUGGAAAGCAUCUGUAGUCUGUUGAUUAACACAGAAAAAAACACAUUUACCUCCUGAGACCCAACUUCCACAUGCAUGGACAUUAUGUUUUGGCUUCGCUAUAGGCUAUGCAUAAUUUAAUUUAAUUUAAACUGACUGAUCUCAGUUCAGGAGACUCUAGGCUGUCAUUAAAGGGUUAAACUUUCAACGCAUCGAGUCAUGUGACAAAACAACAUGGUGCUGAUCACAGCGGAGUUUGUCUUUGGGAGAAACACCAACAAAAUGACAUCUGGUAAGAAACCUCAUUAUGUUUUUACAUUAAAACCUGUUUGAGUCAAAAGAAUAGAGUCUCUAGUUUCAUCUGAUAUGCUAUUUAAAAAAUUUAAUUGAUUUAUCACGAAACAGCAUGCUCUUAAAAACAAUGACCACGUACGUGGACUAUAGGCUCAUUUUCCUUAAAAUAUCCUAUAUUUGCUGUGCAUUAUCACAUUGAGAAUCAGUGGGUUCAUCCAAAAGCUGGAAAAUGUUUCUUUCACAGGCUUUAUAUGGAAUUAGGAUGAAAAUAAGGUGCAUUUCAAACUGUACUGAGACCAGUGCAAACAGACAGUACACUGGAGGUUAAGUCAUUCCCUAAUUAGGGAGAUAGGGAGCAUCCUAUAGCUCUCUAUGCAGCCAAGUGCAUUCACUCCUAAAUCCAACCAAAAGUUCAGUUUCAGACUGCAAAUUAUGUUUGGACCACUCAACAUUGGCAGACAUGGAAUAAUGGUAAUCUUAGAUUCAUAAUUUAUAAUGUAUACUUUUAUUUUAAAAUGGUUGGCAGUAAUUGGAUGAUGCUGGCCAUUACUUUGAAACAGAAUUAAUGAUGCUAAUUUCUGAUGUAAUUACUGGAACGUCUCAAAAACAUGAAUAACCAACACUCCUGGAAACAUAAACUUUAUAUAGCUUGGUAUUUUUUUAUAAUUUCACAACUUAGUCCCACUGUCAACAUAUGUGGACAUAUAUUUUUAAGAAAACAAUUUGGUCUAAAAAUUAUUAUUAUUAUUAUUAUUAUUUGUAUGUUUCUUAAGGUCUUCUAGUUAAAAAUCUAAAAGGGGAAUUGAAAUGCACAAAGCAGUCAUGCUCGUGCCUCGGGAGGUUUAAAUGAAAGUCAACGGGGUGAGAGAUUAUGGAGGGUUUAAAAGCAAAAAUGUGAUUCUUGUGUUUUUGUUAGAGUGCUAAUAUUCGUCCUUACAAAAAUUCACUUAAUUUGAGUUGUAAAGAUAUCUAAACCUCUUCCUUUCAGCAUUGGGUGUAAUGUUAUAGGUUGAUAUACUUCUGGUUUUGUGUUACUGCGACAUAUUCCUGUGGGUGGAUUUUUCUUCCAUGUCAACAAUACCUUACUUCUAUCCUUGCGCACAUUGUGCAAACGUUUCCAGGUUUUUCAUCAUUACAUGGUCAUGACAGGAGGUGAAAGAUUAGAACUUUACACAGACAAAGGCCACAUCCACACUAAUCCUUUUUUCCCAAGUAUGGAGUGUUUUCAAAACGCUUAAUUUUCGGUGGAGGAAAAAGUGUGGAUGAGAGGCCUAAACGUAGCAAAAUUAAUGCAUUUUCAAACGAUGUGGACAUAGCCAACACUAGUCUCAUGUUAACAUAUAGAAUGUUAAGACUAUGUUUUAGAAACAUUGUGUAUGUUAACGUUUGUCUUAGUAAGUCCAUUGUAAGUUUAAUUUCGAUUACCCACGCCAAAACAUCGCUUAACCUGUCAAUAAUACAGUCUCUUCCUGCCUAAGUGGGCGGUUCUUGGCCAGAAUAAGCCUCAAAG